AUGAGUAUGACGACGCGCGAAAAGAAAGUCCUGGAUGCGAUCCCUUUACCAAGCCGAUCGCCGCCUCAAACAACAAGGACCAGCUUACCAAUGCGCGACAGCAAUGAGGAGAAUCGCCGACCGGAGAAUGAUGACGAUGCCUUCACUCGACAGCUUACAAAUGAUGAAGACCCUUCAACAAAGCAAGACAGUUCCAAGGACACAAUGAAGACUCAAUUUCGAAUAAUCCCAAUCACAGGGGAGCAAGGUACAUCUCUUGUUCUGGGUGAUAAAACGAAUGGUCAACAAACCUAUAGCAAAAGCAGGAAACCGAUCGGUCCAGAAGGAGUAAACAUUGCUAAGAGAAGAGGACGCGCUCGUUCCGAACAGGGCGGCAACAAGAAGACUGAGGUGGAGACGCCAAAGAAAGGACAAAGACCUAGAAAAAGUAGUAAUCUUGCGCACUUUUAUGAAAUGGCUGGGUCUUUUAAACACGAGAACGUGGAAGAUAAACAUGAACUUCAAAAGACGCCAAAGAAACGGGGCCGCCCACCUGGAGUCUCAAAGCAUUUAAGAACAGAAGUGUUUAGCAGUGUAGAGAAAUUCGAUAGUUUGCUUUCGUCACACCAACAACAAUCACUCCAAAACGCUUCCAUUGUGAAGAAGAAACGCGUGCCUCCACCAUUUCAUCGGCUCAAUGCAACAAAGACGAAAAUUUCGGAUUCGAUGAGCCCAGCAUUGAGCUAUGUCCCCACAAUUCCAACAUCUCCAAUCAAUGCUUCAACCUUCCCUUUUGACGAUGAUGAUGAUAUAAUUUUUCUUGGUGGACCGGAAGAACAAAAAAAUGCCGGGUCAACCUUCGGGAGUAUUGACGGGAAUGAUGAUGUGGACGAUAUGGUUUGGAUCGAUUCAUCGAAGGAGCAAAAGAAUGACAAAAGUCAGCUGCAAAAAGAUGAAAUGGUAAAGGAAUCUCAAGGAUCUUCUAGCGCAUCAUCAACUCUAAGCGCACUCAUCGGACGUCCUCGUGGUCGACCUAGAAAGGAAAAGAUUCCUGAGAAUAAAGUCCCAAAGAAGCGCGGUCGGCCAAGGAAACAACUUGGACCAGUGAACAUGGAAGCGCUCGACUUGAUUCUCGCGCAGCCAACAUAUGGGGGACGACCGGUGCGCAAAAGGGCAUGGCAGGAUUUGAGGGCAAUCGACGUGUUUUCAUCAUCUGACGAGGAGGUUAAGAGACCCAAAGCUUCAACCAGUCGCAUCUCGACCCCGAGGAACGUAGCCAAGAAUGAUGGAAAGAAUUUGCAAUCAGGAGGAAGAGCGAAGAAAGAAAUGGAAACGUCAUUAGGUGCUCUCACGCCCACUACAAGCAGUCGGAACAGGUCACCGCUUUUCGAGAAUGAUGCAUCCAUUUCAUCGUCAUCUCCUUGGCUGGUCGUGGACGAUCUGGAAAUUGGCGCCGAAGAAGAGGAACAACCACUCUCUCCAAAUUUGAAUCAGGAACCCCUUCGGACACCAGUGAAGCCAAGAGAACGCGUUUAUGAAGACUUGGUGUUGCCAGAAUACGACUGGAGACUUCCCCGAGAAGAUUUGUACGAGGAUAAAGAUGUCCCAUUACCAUUGAACUUACGCGACUUCCAACACACGCCUCGGGUGCUGCCGAAAUUCAAAGCAAAAACAGAAAAUGCGUAUUUUCUGGAACUCGACGCCUAUGAGGAACAAAAGGAAAAAGAAAAGAGGAUUGAACAACGACGCAGACAAGCAAACAAGGUUCAAAGCCAUGGUCGUCUUCGCAAUUCGCAGCAGCAGCAGCUUCAAGACUUUUCGGAUCCAUUGUUCCUAUCACCGCUUGAGGACCGAGCGGCUCAUCUACGUGCUGAAAUGGAGUCGUUGAUCGGUCGUUUCGGUGGCUUGUGUGAUGAGGCGCGCGAACUAAUACCGGAUUUAAGCAAAGGCGUGGUGCUGAAGGCGGUCGAUCAAAUGAUGCGCAAAGACUACAACGAUUCGCUCUACAAGAGGAAGCCA